AGGCAUAAACUUAAACCCCAGCUCAACCUGACCCACCUCUCUCUCUCUCUCUCAGUCUCAGUCUCGCGCGCCCACGACAUUCUUUUAGUAAUUUCGUCGAGCACUUGGGGUGCGAGGUCGCGAAUUCCAUACACAGAGUCAUGAAGGGCAAAAAGGCAACGGUUUUAACUUUUGCAGAGAAAUGCAAGAAUAUACUAGCUUCAAAUUGGCAAGGCCAUCUCAAUACCAUUAAAGCUGAUGCUAAAGGAAGCAAGGAGGAUAUCUACACAUCAAAGGUUAAGUACAUACUCAAAAGAGGGAAGCCAUACAUUUGGGUGCCUGAAAAGGAUUUGCAUAAUGUGAACACAAUUAUCGACGAGCGUGGUUCAUUUGCUGUGACCAGUCCCUUCCCAGGCCCACUGGCAAGCUUACUUAGAUUGGCAAAAAAGAUUCCGGCUCGGGUUGCUCUAACUGGGGAUGUAGAGCCUCUUAAAGAUGGAAAGGCUCAGUCUGCAGCAGAAAGCCUUAGAGGAGUCAUAUUAUCUGAACAGAAAGCUAUUAGUAAAUGCAGUUAUACAGUUUCCGGUGUAUUAAGUUCUUCUGAUCUUAGUUGUACAUCUCGAAGUGAAAGUCUUAAAGAGCUACUGGAAGGGGAUGAAAAAUAUGUGGUUUAUAAGUUUAACUUAAGAUCCUCCAUGUUUAUUGAUGGCAAUGGAGGCACUUAUGAAGUAGAUUUGGAAGAUAUAGAGUCAUCUAAAGCGGAUCCACUAGCACCUUUCUCUGCAAAGCUAAUUGAUGGCAUUAAUCAAAAUGAAGCAAGACGUAGAGCUUUGAUGCUCUUUUGUUUUGAAUUCUUGAAUGCAAAUGCUAGGGAUGCAUACAUGCUCUCCAUUGAUCGCAAGGGAUUUGAUGUUCUGGGAAAGGUCCCUAGUCCACUAUUGAAGGAUGGCUCCAGCCAAUACCAGUGGAAGGAGUUCAGGUUCACAUUGAAGGAAGAGGCAAGUGAUGUUGAAAAUUUCUGCCAUCAACUUGUGGAAAUGGAAGAAGAGGCUGUCAAAAAAAUAUCAGGUUAUAGUGGUCUAAAAUAAAGUAUGACAGAAUAUUUUCAUUUGAUGUUUUUUUUUUUAAAUGCUCUCAAUCACAUUUAUGUAUUGAUUUAUUAUUUUCUUACUGUUCUUAAUCCAAGCUAUUUAUUUAUCCGCC